GAGGUUACUUCGCAAUCCAGGCACCUUAGUCAGUCGUUUGUUUAAGGCUAUAUACUUUCCUGACUCUUCUUUUUUGGAGGCUCCAGCCCCAAAUCAUGCUUCUGCUUGUUGGAGAGGUAUUUUUGCUGCUAGUUCGGUGUUGAGAGGAGGGAUCCGUUGGUAGGUAGGUGAUGGAACAUCUAUCAAAAUUUGGGAAUCUCCUUGGAUCCCGAGACCCACUUUUUUCAGGCCCGUGAGGUCUUUUUUCUACUAAAAGCGCUUAUAAGGUGGCUUUUGCUUCUCUACACCCUGCUAUUUCGGAUCAUUCCUCCUCUAUGGUGAUCCCAAGUAGUUGGAAGCAUUUAUGGGAUGCGUCUGUUCCAGGUAAGGUUAAGGUGCAUGUUUGGAAGGUUUGUGCAUCUAUUCUGCCAACUGCUGGCCAGCUUAGGGAACGCAGAGUGCUUGUUGGUGAGGGGUGUCCAUUCUGUAAUAGGGAGGAGGAAACCAUUUCCCAUAUCAGUAGGGAGUGCAGUUUUGUGAGGGAUGUGGUUGGUCUAGCACCAGACCUUGGAUCUGUGUUCGGGCUACCGCCAUGUUCCUUAUUGGAGUGGUUGGCUUUGUGCUAUACUAUAGUAUCUCCGAGUUCUUUCUCUCUGCUAAUGAUGUUAUUAUGGGGGGUGUGGAAGGAGCGUAACCAACAUUUAUGGUAUGGUCAAUUCCGCUCUGCACAUCAAGUUUACUUCCAAGUUGUUACUUUAUUUCACUCUUUCAAGGCUGCAAGGAUUCCUGAGAAUGUCAAACUGGGGCGCCAAGUUAAGCCUUGGUGUCCACCUUCAGCUGGUUGGCUUAAGACCAAUAUAGAUGGGGCAUUUGACAUGACCACCAGGUCUGGGGGUCUGGGUGUGGUAAUCAGGGAUUCUAAUGGCACAGUGGUGGCUGGUGCUUGUGGGACUUGUACUGAUGUUGCUUCUCCUGUGGUGGUUGAGGCCUUGGCUUGUCGGUUGGCAUGCAAGGUAGUAGUGGAUAACGAUCUGGGGCCAGUCAUGUUUAAGACUGAUUGUCUACAAGUUGUGCAAGCUAUUUGCGCUGAAGGUGAGGAUACCUCCGUUUUUGGCAGAAUUAUUGAUGAUAUCUCUUCUUUAUUAUCUUCUCUGGCAGGAUCAUUCUUUUCUCAUGUUUAUAGGGAAUCGAAUAAACUAGCACAUAAGGUGGCUAAGUAUGCCUUGUUGUCUAGUGCACAAGUUUCAUGGAGUGGGCAUGUCCCUCCAGGACUUGAUGGACUUUUUUCUACUCUUUGUACACGUUAAUUCAUCAAUAAAGUUUGUCGUCCUUUGCUUCAA